AUGAAAUAAUAGUCAAAUAGAAAAUUGGUUGAGUUGAGACAGAGUGUUAAGCAAUCACUAUUCUAAUCAUUGAAGACAGAAAGAUCUUAAUAACCAGCUGAAACUAAGAGAUCCAAAUCAAUAACAUAGUGGAAAUAAUUCACAUUGUUCAAAUAAAAUCAGCAAACCAAAAUCACCAAAUUUCAUGACGUCUACAAGGUGACCAAAAAAAUUGGAAUUGGGGCUCAUGGAGUUGUUAAGAUCUGUUAUAAAAUUUCAGAUUAACUAAAAAUAAACUAUGCAGUUAAAAAAUUAUCAUGUCAAAACGAUCCUGAAUUAAUACGAACUAUCAUUUAAACCUUCAAUAUCAAUAGAACUUUGAAUGAUAACCCCAAAAUUAUCAAAUCAUACGAUUUGUACAUCGACGAAAACGAACAAGUUGCUUAUUGGGUGAUGGAAUACUGCAAUUACAAAAGCCUCCACUCAUAUAUGUAGAAAUCCAUUCCAGAUGUGAUGAUCUAGCAAAUUAUGAAGCAAUUGGCUCAAACAAUCACUGAAAUCCAUAAGAAAGGCAUCUGUCAUAGAGACUUAAAGCCAGAUAAUAUUCUAGUAAAACUACAUGGUUCAAUUGAUAUCAAAAUCAUUGAUUUUGGUGUAUCUAAGAAAUUCAUGGUCAAAAAGAAAAAUGAUAAAAUAUACCAUGAAAUGUGGACAAGGACUGGUUGUCUUCUCUAUUAAGCACCUGAAACCUUUUUUGGAGGAGGCUAUGAUGAAAAAGUUGAUGUGUGGAGUGUUGGAGUCAUCCUGUAUCAACUCCUUUGUGGUAAAUUUCCAUUUUUUUGCGAUUCCUAAUUAGAUACAAUAGAAUUGAUUACUGACCCCAAUCUCACCAUUGAUCAAAAUAAGGAGUUAAAACUGUUACAACCACUCCAAGUAGAUUUAUUAAAGAGACUCUUAAACAAGAACCCAGAAAAGAGAUUGAGUGCUGAAGAAUUCUCUUUGCAUCCUUGGAUCAAUGAAAUCAGCACUUAAAAAUCAACUUCAAGAGAUGACUUAUAAAUAAACAAGAGUAGUGAAAUAACCACCUCUGUCAAUCUUGAUGCCUCAUAAAUAAGAAUUGAUUUCUCCAAUCAUAUUCAUUAUGCCCAUAAGCAAUUCUAAAAACUGCUCAUUCAAAUCAAAGAUCAAGUGAUUGAGGACUCCUAAAGCAGAAAAAGCAGCUAUCAAAUACCUUCAGCCCAUACAUCUUAUGAUGUAUCUCCUAUUAAUUAAAUAGAUGAAACUAAAUAAUCGAAACCUAAAAAAUGA